AAACGCGCCGCUGCGGCGGCACUGUGCGCUGUGCAUGGAGUUUCUUACGGUAACGCAGGCAAAACAUAUCGCGGCAGUGCCUCGAGGAAGAAGGGAGAAUUUCGAGUUCUCCGAUGUGCGUUGUGUGAGUGUGUGCAGUCACGAGAGACGCGUGGAGUGAACUUCGGAGCAGAAGAAAUUACCACGCUGAACGAGACGGAUUGAGAAACUGACGUAAAACCGACAACAACACUGAUCAUUCAUCGUAAGAAUAGGGCACCUAGAUUGUAUCAACAAAAAAAAAACAAAAAUGCAGGAGGUCGACCAAGUUGCCUUUCACACCUCGUACUGCCAGUGGUAUCCAAAAUUUCAUAAGAACUCGCUGACGUCGGAGAUAAUAAAUUUAAGCGAGGAGUUUUGUGCCUAUUUGGAGAGCGAUGGGUGCUUCAUUCCAAAAGAAGCUUUAAAAGAUGAGGACGAUUUUCAGUUUGAAUGGUCAGAUGGUACAGUGGGUCAGGCUCAGAGUGAAGACGAAGAUGAAGAGCAGCCCUCGUUUUUAGAAUUGAGCAAGCAGAUCCAAGGAAUUCUUGAUGAUUAUAAAAGUAUUGUUAUCAAAUUAAAUUGGAAUACACCAUCGGAUGCAAUAUGGGUUUCAUAUAACAAAACCUUAAAGUGUUCCAAUUUGGAGGAUGUCUACCUACUGUUAAAAAAUUCAAAUAAUAUACUGAAAAAUCUAGACUUGAUCAAAAAUAAGAAUAAUAAAUACAGUUCUCUGAAACCAUGCUUAAUAAUCAAAAAGUGGAAAGAUAUAGAUCCAGCAACAGAAUUUCGUUGUUAUGUUGUUAAUAAAAAGCUUGUUGGAAUUUGUCAAAGAGAUACUUCGCAAUAUCAUGAAUACAUUGAAAAAGAAAAGUACGACAUAACACAAGAUAUCAAAAGUUUAUUCGAAGAAAAAAUUAUGGAUAAAUUUGAAUUGAAUACUUAUUCCUUUGAUGUGAUACGAUAUAAAAAAGAUCGUGUGAAAAUAAUGGAUUUUGGACCUUUAAAUGAAUCGUACACCAAAAAUAUGCUCUUUACAGAAGAAGAACUACGAAGUUUGACUGAAAACUUACCAGAGUUUAGAUUCAUUGCUGAGCAUAUGGGAAUCCAACCAAAAAAUAGCAAUCAUUAUUGUAUACCAAAAGAUAUAGAUGAUUUUUUUUCCAAAAAUAAAAAUGUUACAGUGAUGGAAGCUAUUGUUGAGGAAGUUACAAAAAUGCGGAUGGAGCCAGAAACAAGUGAUUUAGAUGAGUAAUUUAGACUAGGAAAAAUAAUAAAUGCUUUAUGUAAAUACA